AUGAGGAACGACGUCGUCAGGCCGCAGAAAGAACUCCGGAUUCACCAAACUAAUGAUUGCGUAGUUAAGUUUCUUAAAAAUGUAGCCGAAGGCAAGCUCUCGAAUGGCAAUUGUAGACCACAAACGGGACAACCAAUUCAACCUCAAGCUGGAUCGCCUCUGGACUCGAACAUCGGCAACAACAAUAACAACAACAAUAUUAACAACAACAACAACAACAACAACAACAACAACAACAACAACAACAGCGCCAUUUCACGACGAGGUUGGCGAGGUGAAUGGCGACGAACUGAUCCAGGCACGGUGUAUAGUUACAUAUGGAAGAGCAGUGAUCAGCCACUUGGUAAAGCCGAGCUGUAUAUAAUACUUGCCCUGCUGAUCGGCAUGGCCACCGUCAUAGUCGGCUGCUGGCUGUCAGACAAUUGUUGGUCACCCGAACCGGAACAACACUACACGAUAGCAUGGCACGACCGACACCGAUGGAUAUGAGCUCGUCCGCGGCUGUCGUUCCGGACGGCGCAUUAUAGUAAUAAUACAAUAAUAAUAAUAAAUAAAACAUUUUGAUUUACAUUUUAACCUCGCGGUUUUCUGUAAUAUAACGUAUAUAAUCGUCGACCGAAGACACUAUUAAAUCGUAAAUCAUCGUAUAGCAAACAACAAUAAUAAUAUAUAAUGAUAUUAAUAAUAAUGAUUAUCGGUCGGAAGUGAUGGGUAAUUAAUUAAUAAUAUGGACAUUUGUGUUAUCGGAUCGUAACGGUUUCUAACAGAAAUUAAUCGAUAACUUUUGUUUCGUCACAUAUGACAAAUUGUAUUUUCAGUCUACAAACUACCGACCGUUGUUACCGCUUGUUUUUCAUACUCAUAUGAGUAUAUAAUAUCUAAACUCUUAUAUACGCAGUUAAUAUAACACAGUUUUAAAUUUUUUUUUUUAAAUUUUAAAUUACAUUUUCUGAAAAUAAUAACCUGCAAUUAUAACAAAUAUAAUUUAUAAUAAUAACUCCUGAGGCGUCUUCGAAAUGAAAACGUUGAAAUUAAUGUAUGAUMUUAAAUUCCUCCAUUGUAUUUACGGUCAUCAAAUGAACAUGAAUUACAUCACUACUUGUACUUAUUAAGUGUAGUAGUGUUACAUCGUUUUUAUAAUAUCAUGUUAGUAGUGUUGUCGGUAUUUUAAAAUUAUUUUUUUUUUUUAACAUGUACAU